AAAAGCCCAAACUCAUUUCUGUGGUGUUUAUAGACUUCCUCUCUCUCUACUCUCCGUGCAACUCCAGCCACUAAGCAGGUAUUCAUGGCUUCCAUUACUGCAAACUUGCCUCCACCAUUGUUGGUUCAAGGUAGAAAGACCCUUUUCAGAACUCUUCAAAAGCUCCCAUUAUCUCCCAUUAAAGAGAGACAAAACCGUGUUUGUGUUGUUGUGAAAGCUACUGGAGAAAGCUCUGAUUCUUCAUCGUCCCUUACUAUUGUUAAGUCUGUGCAAAAUGUUCAGUGGGAUAACUCUGAAGAUCGGCUGGGACUGAUUGGUUUGGGGUUUGCCGCGAUUGUGGGAGUAUGGGCUUCAGUAAAUCUUGUUACUGCCAUUGACAAGGUGCCACUCAUCCCAAAUGUACUAGAAUUCAUCGGAAUAUUGUUCUCUACGUGGUUUGUAUACCGCUAUCUCUUGUUCAAACCCGACAGGGAAGAGCUGUUCCAAAUAGUCAACAAGUCGAUAUCCAAUAUCUUGGGCCAGUGAAUUGCGCUGCCAAAUAACGUGUAAUAUAAUCAAGUGUAUAAGUUAUGAAUGUCCUAUCUUUUCUCUUUGUGUGGAUCUUAUAUGUGUAUUAUAGUGACAAUGAAAGCACGGCUGAGAUUUUCAUUGGAAAGGUUACGCUUUUUUUAAGCUUCCUGAUAGAACAAUUCUAUGGCGCUCUCAUAUCAAA